UAAACUGACGGCUUUGUUGGCUUGAACGCCCUUCUUUGCGUGACCUAGUAGCCCAGGCCUCCUUGCUUUUUUUGACAGGUGUUCUCAGGGUGGGGUAGAUCACCGCGCGAGACAAAAAAACUACAGAAUCGGGACUGGUCAGCGCCAUGGGCAGCAGCUGCCGCAUCGAAUGCAUAUUCUUCAGCGAGUUCCACCCCACGCUUGGACCCAAGAUCACCUAUCAGGUCCCUGAGGAUUUCAUUUCCCGAGAGCUAUUUGACACGGUCCAAGUAUACAUCAUCACCAAGCCAGAACUACAGAACAAGCUUAUCACUGUGACAGCCAUGGAAAAGAAGCUGAUCGGCUGCCCUGUAUGCAUUGAACACAAGAAGUAUAGUCGCAAUGCCCUCCUCUUCAACCUGGGCUUCGUGUGUGAUGCUCAGGCCAAGACUUGUGCCCUUGAACCCAUUGUUAAAAAACUGGCUGGCUAUCUGACCACACUGGAGCUUGAAAGCAGCUUCGUGUCCACAGAGGAGAGCAAGCAGAAGUUGGUGCCCAUCAUGACCAUUUUAUUGGAGGAGCUAAAUGCCUCUGGCCGGUGCACUCUUCCCAUUGAUGAGUCCAACACUAUCCACUUGAAAGUGAUUGAGCAACGGCCAGACCCUCCUGUGGCCCAGGAGUAUGAUGUGCCUGUCUUUACCAAGGACAAAGAAGAUUUCAUCAACUCGCAGUGGGACCUCACCACACAGCAGAUCCUGCCCUACAUUGAUGGAUUCCGCCAUGUCCAGAAGAUCUCUGCAGAAGCAGACGUGGAGCUCAACCUGGUGCGCAUUGCCAUCCAGAACCUGCUGUACUAUGGUGUUGUGACACUGGUAUCCAUUCUCCAGUACUCCAAUGUGUACUGCCCAACACCCAAAGUCCAAGACCUGGUAGAUGACAAGUCCCUGCAGGAGGCAUGUCUAUCCUACGUCACCAAGCAAGGGCACAAAAGGGCCAGUCUCCGAGAUGUAUUUCAGCUGUACUGCAGCCUGAGCCCUGGCACCACUGUGCGAGACCUCAUUGGCCGCCACCCCCUGCAGUUGCAGCAUGUUGAUGAGAGGAAGUUGAUCCAGUUUGGACUUAUGAAGAACCUCAUCCGAAGACUACAGAAGUAUCCAGUGCGAGUGUCUCAGGAGGAGCGGAGCCAUCCUGCCCGGCUUUACACAGGCUGCCACAGCUAUGAUGAGAUCUGCUGCAAGACAGGCAUGAGCUACCAUGAGCUGGAUGAGCGGCUAGAAAAUGACCCCAACAUCAUCAUCUGCUGGAAGUGAAGCUGACUGACUGAAGUAUAUUGUGGCUACUUCCUCCUGCUAAGCUCUGACUAGUCCAGGGCUAGAUACGUAAGUUAGUAUAUAUUGUCCGAAGGUUGAUCCUCAGUUUUGUAAAUAAAGUUAUCAAUUUCACCUUGU